UUUCCAAGUUUUACACUUAAGAACAGAUGCAGUUCUUUCCAAUUCUCUUGGCAAAAAACUGCUCGUGCUGUCUAGUGGAAUAGAGGCUGUGAACAAGCAGCAAUUUUCAUGUCCUGCCACAAAUUGUGAAUUAGAUUGAGGUCUGGAAUAUGCCACUGCAGAACCUUUAAAGUCAAUCCUGUGCAGUUUUGGCUUUCUUGUUGUGGGUCAUUGUCUUGCAGACAAAUAAAUCUCCAGAGUAGCAGCUUUCUUGCAGACCGCAGCAUGUUUUCCUCCAGGAUUUUGCUCUGUUAUUAGCCCUGCAGUGAUGUGAAGUGCUUGCCUUGUAUUAAACAGCCAACAAAAAGUUUUAUUAUGGACUUGAAAUGUUCAGACUUCCUAACCCUUAAUUUUCAAGGAAAAGUUACACGAUGAGGGGUGGAAGUGAAGCUGAAUCUAUAAACCACAUUAUGCAACUUUCUCAAAAUGACUUAUUAGUCUUGUCAUAGCGGAGGUGAGUUGCAUAAAUUCUAGUAAUAAACUCAUUUGUCAUGAUUAUUGUCAUGUCCAGAGUGGCAUUAUGUAGUGUUCAUUAGUCUUCAACACUUUUUGGCAGAUUAAUAAACAGCUCUGUAUUUUUAGGAGCUGAACAACAGCAGUUGUUGGUAUGUUUAAUUAGUAUUAAUUUGUGGUUUUUCAUUUUGUUUAUUCAAGCAGUGUUUUUCACAGUAAUAUUAAUCAGCAUCACUCACCCCUAUAAUAUGCAACUAAAACAAUUGUUGAGACCCCCCUCCCAUGUGGCUUUAGUGAAUAUUAUGCUGCAGUCAGAGCUAUUCCUAUGCAUCCAUGGAGUAUGCAUCAGAUUUAAAUAACAAAAUGAGCUACUCCUUGGACUCAGAUGUACAUGUUUUUUUCUUGGUUUCCCUUCUUUAUUAUUUUUGAUUAAAGUAUCACAACCAUUAUAACGAAGAUGCAUAAACUGAAGAAAUCAAACACAAAUUCAGUUUAACAAAUUGUUUUAAAGCCAUAUUUUGCAGCAAUCUUGCAUAAAUGGCUAUCAGUAUUUAAAAGAAAAACAAAAAUAUCAAUGGAGACACUUUCUAUUUUGUCCAUUUUAAAAAACAUGUUUUUUUUUUUAAUAUAGCUUCAGGAUUGUCGGAUUGUAAACAUACACUACUGUACAUUUCAUUCAUUAUCACAGUUUGUCAGGCUGAUUUCUAUACAAGGUUUUCGCUCUUUAUCACAGCAGACUAAAACUUUGUAACAUUCACAAAUGGACCUGAUGCCCAGAGAUCCCCUCUGUGAUGCUUACAAACAAUACGGAAAUGACAGUUACACUAAUUAAAUGUGUUUUAUCUGUGAAUUUCCCCUCUAUCAUAUGCUGCCUCCUAUUCACCUGCCUGUGAUUGAAGUUCAGUUUUGAUGCUUUUACUCUGAAGGAAUCAGGCGAGGACGUGUUUUAUUGCCGGAAAAGAGUGCUGCCACGACUUCCGCUCGUGGGGAGGCGGGAAAUGAAAACGCUGUCGCAAGUUGUCCGUCGCUUGACGCCAGCAGCAGUCUGUCAGUGAUGUCCAAAGUAGAGAAGACAGACGUGGAAAAGACACGUCCCCCGCCUGUUAAAGUGCUGUCGGGACAGCUGAGGGCGGCAGGGAACUGGGGCACCGCUGAUAGCGCGGCCGGCUGUGUAAUUAGACUGGGCAGGGGACGCUCUUUGCCUGUCUCGCUGGUGUGGAUGCAGGGGACUGUGCUGGAAGUCCAGCAGGACAGAGACACCGUGCUGUUGAUGGAUGAGACGGGGACUUUCAUUGUUCAGGGUGUUAACAACAUCCCCAAAGGGAAACCGUGCUUGUCCCAAGGGAAAUAUGUCAUGGUGAUGGGCAUCAUUCAGGCGAUCUCACCAGAACCAGUCAUCCGUGCAGUGAAGAUGGCAGACCUCUCGGAGCUUGCUGCACUUCACAGACGGAUGUGGAAGCUUGAGGUGGAUGACCUGCAGCAGGUGCUGGCUUGAAUGCUGGGCUGAAGUGCUCCUCCUCCUGUAGCUUGCUACAUACUACUGAAGUGUCAAAUGUUACGCCAGCAGACUUAAAAGAUGACUUUCCUUUCUGCUGGACUUGUUUGAUGGAGGUCAAGUGAUUAAGAAAACUGGUGUGUGUGGCUCCUAAUCCAAAGUUGUCACUGGAGCUGUUAGAUGGAUAACCUAACCUUGACCAAAAAAACAAAAACAAA